CUUGUUUCAAUGACGUAGUACACCACGAAGUCUGUGAUUGUCUGAUUGAUAACGUCAUUUUCUUUCAAGCGCGGGAAAUCUAAGAACUUUCACGUGUUUUUCAAAUGGACACACGUCUUCCACAGUUUCGGCGAGAGAGGAGCGACUUUUACAUUGUUUUCUUUCUUGAUCGUUGUUGUCGAUGAUCGAGUUGAGAUUCUAAAGAAUCUCGAUUUCUGAAUCAGGAGAACUUUGUUUGUUCUCGAGGGAGUUCUCUGUAGUUCUAACUUCACAAAUUUGAACUCCUCACUUCUUCCUUAUUUUCAACGAUGGGAAUUCACCAACUUUCUAAAGUGUUGGGUGAUCAUGCUCCAGGAUCGAUGAAAGAUCAUGAAAUUAAAGCCUACUUCGGGAGAAAGGUGGCCAUCGAUGCUUCCAUGAGCUUGUACCAGUUUCUGAUCGCAGUUCGCUCUGAUGGAAGUCAGUUGACUGAUGAGCAAGGCGAGACGACUAGUCACUUGAUGGGCAUGUUCUAUCGCACAAUCCGUAUGGUUGACAACGGUCUCAAGCCAGCGUACGUGUUUGAUGGCAAGCCACCAAACUUGAAGUCUGGUGAGCUGCAAAAGAGAACUGAGCGUCGCAAGGAAGCCGAGGCAGAGCUCAAGCAGGCUGAAGAUGCUGGCGAUCAAGAGAACAUUGAACGAUAUCAACGACGAUUGGUGAAAGUGACACCGCAGCACAACGAGGAGUGCAAGAAACUCCUGACCUUGAUGGGUAUUCCUGUCGUCUCAGCGCCAUGUGAAGCUGAGGCUCAGUGUGCUGCUUUGGUCAGGGCAGGCAAGGUUUUUGCUACGGCCACCGAGGACAUGGAUGCACUGACGUUCGGCUCUACGGUGUUGCUGCGACAUCUGACCUUCAGCGAAGCAAAGAAGAUGCCGAUCCGCGAGGUACAACUAGAUCGUGCCCUGGCUGAAAUGGAGCUCACGAAGGAAGAGUUCAUCGAUCUUUGCAUUCUCCUCGGAUGCGACUACUGUGAUUCCAUUCGUGGUAUUGGGCCACAGCGCGCAUUGGCACUCAUUCGACAGUACCACACGAUCGAGGCAAUCCUAGAAAACCUUGACACGAAAAAAUAUACUGUUCCUGAGAACUGGCUGUACAAGGAAGCCCGGCAGCUCUUCUUGGAUCCCGAAGUCAGCGACGCGGCUGAGAUCGAGCUGAAAUGGACGGCGCCGGAUGAGGAGGCGCUCGUUCAGUUUAUGGUGACGGAAAAAGGCUUCAAUGAGGAACGUAUUCGAAAUGGUAUAAGGAAGCUUGCAAAGGCUCGCACAGGAGCAACGCAGGGACGGCUGGACAGCUUCUUCACAGUCAAACCUGCUGCACCGUCGGCUGUCAAGCGACCAGCUGCGGCUGCCAAGGGUACUCCUGCCAAGAAAGCAAAAGCAUCGGGCGGUGGCCGUGGAAAGCCACGCCGCUAGUCCACCACAGCUUCCUUGCUUGAUUUUCAACUUCAAGUGUAAAGUGCGCUGGCCAUGGCUGUAUAUUUUUAGCUCUGUCUCUAUGUACAUACUAGAUAUCUAUCCUUCUCCUUAUACCUGCACUAUGGAACCUGUGACAUGACAUGCUAUUUCAGAAGCCUCGCAUUCAGAUUAGAGAAAUUCGGAGAGCCUAUGGCAGCUCUCGCUCUCUCUCCGACUCUCUCCCUCUCUCUCUCUCUCUCUCUCUCUCUCUCUCUCUCUCUCUCUCUCUCUCUCUCUCUCUCUCUCUCUCUCUCUCUCUCUCUCUCUCUCUCUCUGUCUCUCUGUCUCUCUGUCUCUCUGUCUCUCUCUCUUCCUCUCAUCCAUUGCACAUAUCAAUAUUAUUUAGGAUUGUCGUUUAGGAUCGGCCCGUAUUCAUUGAGGUUGCCUGUGUUUUGAAAUUUUGUUGCUUUAGUAUGUGUUGACUGCAUGGUGGCUUUUCUUCCACGGUCCCUAGCUGUGGUUUUUUAAACUUUUAUUACUCGACAUACUGUGAGGAUGGUAUCAGAGCCUGCUUUAUUAAUUUUCUAACUUCAUUCAUAUCUCAUGUAUGUGGAUGUUGCCUGUUUUUUUUUAAAGCAUCCACAUACACAAUGCCGAGAUGGGUACUCAUUGUUA